CUUGUGAACCAGCAUGGCGAACCUCGAGCAUGUUGAGGUCGACCCAAAACGUGAGAAAAUAUCUAGUGAGGUCCCCGCCGCCGGCGACCAGGUCCGGCCGAGCGAACCGUACAGAGACGCGGUCCCGUGUUCGAUCCCGUCGUUCGCAGCCGCCUCCGAGCUGCUGUCUGCGCCGUACUCGUGUCUGGUCAUGAACACGCACCGGAGACACGUCGCGCUGCCGCCCAUGUACCUGCAGAAGAAGAGGACGGGCAUCCUGGUCGAGCUAGAGGCCGAGCUGCUCAAGUUCUCUCCGAGUCUGAAAGGAGUCCCUUUGGCUUAUGACAACAUCAGUAUAGUCAGGCAGCACGGAGACAUCUAUGACGACAGCAGCUACAUCCACAUGGACAUAGAGGCCAAUUUUAUCCUGUUUCAACCUACAGUAGGGCAGAAAUUGCUGGGUAAGGUCAAUAAACUCGGUGUAAGCCACGUUGGCUGCCUGGUGCACGACUGUUUCAACGCCAGCAUUCCCAAACCAAACCUGGUGCCCAUGGAAACCUGGAGGGAUGCAGGGCCAAGGAUCGGAUCUGAUUUGGAGUUUGAAGUGACUGCACUCGAUGCUGAUAAUGUAGGGGUGCUGCUGAUCAGAGGGCGGCUGGACAGAACCAGGGUCCAAGAGCUGAUGGCUAUGGGUGAGGGCCCGGAGUCGGGCAUCCCUGCAGACCAGCCGGACACAGCAGACAUGGAAACAAACCCUGAAACCACAGAGGCAUCUCCUGAAAACACACUCAAGAAAAAGAAGAAAAAGAAAAAAGACAAAGUCAGAGAAGAGGAAUCAGAAGGGGAGGUUACACCCCCCUGCCAACAGGACAGCGUCACAACAGCAGAGCUUAAUGGAAUGACACAUGAGGCAAACGGCAACGAAGUGGGUGAGAAAAAGAAGAAGAAAAAGAAGAAGGAGAAGCGUCUGAAAGAAGAAGAAGAAGAAGAAGUAGUAGAAGAAGAGGAGGCGGGUGAGCUCUGUCCCGUGCAGGGGAGCGACUCCAGCGGCUAUGUCAGUGACAAGCCAAGCAAAAAGAGGAAACAUGAAACUGGUAGAGAGGUAACAUCAGAAUUUAGUGAAGUACCUGAACCACCAAAAUCAAAAAAGAGGAAAAAACACAUUGAACAGUUAAGAAUCUGAAAACACAUUGUGUUCUGUUUGGAAAUUGGUUGUAAAAAACCUGUUGAUACUAAUUAUGUUAAUGCCAGUAGGAAAUAAUGAUGUGCCUUAUAGUGAGCACGUUUUCUGCAGCAUGUUGGGCUCUUCUAAAGUGUAUAGCAUAGGCUCAGGCUGGCAGUCUGGAGUAUUUCUACAGCUUCAUUACGUAGCUUCUGUCCUAAUGACACUUACUGGGUUGUGAUCCUGUCUGCCGCCAGAUGGGGGCGCAAAACUGCUUCGUUCAUCCACACUGGGACACAAACCAAGAAGUGAAACCUUCAAGCUUCAUGUGCAACAGGAGCAGGUUUUUUCCAAAUGGGAAGAAAUUAACAACCAAGACACAAACCAAACACCAUUCAAGAAGGUAGCAAUGUCUUUAUGAGAGCUGCAAGAAGAGGAAAUAACACUUUUCUUCCCAUUGUUCACAAUAUUCAGUCUGAAUCAGUUUGCAUCUUACACUGCAAUAGUGAAUCGUGUCCAGUGCUGCACCAGGUUCCUUUAGUGUUGCAUUGUCAGGUAUCACAUGGUGUGUCUUCAUUUUGACAGAGAACCAAAACAAACAGAAAUGAAGUAUUAAUAUUUCUUUCAAAUAAAAGAUCCAUAUAUUUUGA